ACAGCGUGCUACCCAGGUGGUCUUGCUGUAAACCUCAGAGAACAAUGUUUGAUACCGAACGACUUACUCUGCGGCCGUUCAUAGAGUCCGAUGCAGACCACCUUCUACGUAUGUGGAAUCAACCUGAGGUGCUCAGAGGCAGUUCCAAUGACUAUCUUGUUCCUCAUUCGCCGAAAUUCAAGGAGAUGUUCACUUCUUGGGUGGAGAAGUCUCUUUUCUUCGCGAUCAUCACGCUGAAAGACUCUGGAGAGUUUGCUGGAAACUUAGGCAUCAGCAUGGGUUCAUCCAAGAACCGGGACGGCGUACUGGGCAUCACUUUUUUGCAUGAACAUUGGGGCAAGGGAUAUGGAAAAGAGGCCCUUCGAUUUGUCCUUGACCACUGCUUUAAAGCCCUGGCACUACAUCGAGUCACCUUAAGCGUCUUUGCCGGAAAUGAACGCGCCAUUCGGUUGUAUCAGAAAAUGGGGUUUGUGGAGGAAGGUCGCAUACGCGAAGCUGUUUGGAUUGAUGGGCAGUGGCAAGACAUCAUCGCGAUGGGUGUUCUUGACAGAGAAUGGGCUCAGCGAUGCCAAUCGGCCACGGGUGCUUUGCCAUAAUAACCAUACGGAGCAUGGCAGACUCACUCGUAGUCCUGCACGUCUGAAGGAUGUCGACACGAGUUCCGAGCAUAAUUUUCUUUCAGUUAUGUCAGAUAAUCGGUUUACUUCGGCCAGUCCAGCUACAUUGCGCAGGGUACCGCGUCUCAUCAUCGUUGGACUCAUGAGCUCUAAACCUACAUACGUGCCUAGCUAGUAAUCACAUUUACAUGUACUGUAUGUUGUCGCAGACGCUAGGACUGACGAUAAAC